CCAGACCGGAGUGCCGGGGUUUCGGACUCAGGAGCUUCUGUCUGUGCAGAUUACUUAAUUUAUUGAUAUUAAUUUAGUCUGUUUGACACUGAGGCUGGCUUAAAACUUUUUACAUAGUCCAGGUUGGCCUCGAACUCGAGGCAAAACUCCAGUCCUAGCCACCCUAAUUCUAGGAUGACAGAUUUGCGCCACUGCGUCCGAACUGCUCAAUGCAUUUUUAAGUAGUUUGUUUUCCUCAAAGGAAAAUCCCGGCUACGGGAUUUUAAUGGCUUUAUUGGGGUGGGGUGGGGUGGCGAACGAUCUGGUGGUAUUAGAGUGCAAGACCAGGGAAAGAAAAAAGCGAAGCGGUUGGGAGAAACAACACAGAUGUGAUGAUAGGCACUGAAUCUCGCCAUGUUAAGGAGGCGGUCCACGAACUGGUGUUGCAGGCCCGUGGAGUGCUAGCGGGUCCAGCGUCCAGCGGAGAAGAUGAACGGCCCCAGCGCCAGGUCCAGCCACCUGUCGCAGCCAGUGGUGAAGAGUGUGCUGGUGUACCGCAAUGGGGACCCCUUCUUCGCCGGGCGCCGUGUGGUCAUUCAUGAGAAGAAGGUGUCCAGCUUCGACGUCUUCCUCAAGGAAGUGACGGGCGGCGUGCAGGCGCCCUUUGGGGCCGUUAGGAACAUCUACACCCCGAGGACCGGCCACCGCAUCCGGAAACUGGACCAGAUCGAGAGCGGGGGCAACUACGUGGCUGGGGGCCAGGAAGCCUUCAAGAAACUCAAUUACUUGGACAUAGGAGAAAUCAAGAAAAGACCAAUGGAAACUGUUAAUACUGAGGUGAAGCCAGUCAUCCAUAGCAGGAUCAAUGUGUCUGCUCGCUUCAGGAAAUCGCUGCACGAGCCUUGCACUAUUUUCUUGAUUGCAAAUGGAGACCUCAUAAACCCAGCUUCUCGACUCCUCAUCCCUAGAAAAGCUUUGACUCAGUGGGAUCACGUGCUGCAGAUGGUCACAGAGAAAAUAACUCUUCGGAGUGGGGCUGUCCACAGGCUUUAUACUUUAGAAGGAAAGCUGGUUGAGAAUGGGUCAGAGCUGGAGAAUGGGCAGUUUUACGUGGCCGUUGGCAGAGAUAAGUUUAAGAGACUACCUUACAGUGAGUUACUUUUUGACAAGUCAGCAAUGAGAAGGCCCUAUGGUCAGAAAGCUUCUUCACUGCCUCCCAUGGUUGGAUCGAGGAGGUCUAAAGGGAGUGGAAAUUAUCGCCAAUCUAAGUCAACUGUCGGCUCCAGCGAUAACUCAUCUCCUCAGCCUCUGAAGAGGAAAGGGAAGAAAGACACAAAUUCAGAAAAACCCACAAAAGUGAAACAAAUUGUGAAGCCGAAGGAUUCCCCAAAAGCAGUCCUAAACAAUGAUGAAGGCAUUUUCAAAGCUGGAGCAGAGAGAUCUGAAACCAGGGGGGCAGCAGAAGUCCAAGAAGACGAAGACACACAGGUUGAGGUUCCAGUUGACCAGAGGCCAGCAGAAAUAGUUGAUGAGGAAGAAGACGGUGAGAAAACAAACAAAGAUGUCAAGCAGAAAGAAGACUUCUCAGCGAUGAAUGGUGACGCUGAAGAUGGAGAGGGUAGGGAAGCUGCUGAUGGCCCUAAGCGAGAGGAGGAAAUCCCAGAGCAUGGAGAAGAGAAGGCAAGUUCCUCUCGGGUAAACGGUGUCACUGAUGAAGAGAAUGGUGAGGAAGUGGACCAGGUUACUGAGGAGCUUCAACCAGCAGUGGAUGAGGAAGGAAAGACUGAAGGAGACAGCAGUGGACAAGAUGAGGCUGACUUAGAUGCUCAAAGACCACCAAGACCAGAAGUGACAGUCACCAGUCCUCAAGAAAACGUAGAGAAUGAACAAAACAAGGACUCUUCUGCUGUGGCAUAGAUGUUUUUAAAGCAGGAACUAGAUGGGAUGUAAGAGCAUGCAGGGAUGUAAUACUUGAGUAAUGAACACAGCAUCUCUGUUAGGCAGAAUGUGUUAAUAUGGUGGGACACUACCUGCUGGAUUUUAAAAAUAGAGGCUAAAUGGAAGGUUAGGUAAUUUGUAGCUCAAAGCAGAAUGACUUAUGUUUAUGACAGAUGUUUAAAAAAUUCUUUUAGAAGAAUCAAAUAAGAGAGACAGAGGGGAUAUGUACCUUAAGAUAGUUGACAACCUGCAUUUGUAAAGGAGAAAGACAUGGGCUAGCUCCCAUUAGAUACUUUAUUAUAGACUUGGAAGCAAGAGUAUUGGCAGCUUGUUCUAAAGCAUUUAUCUAGGAACAUAUAGACUUUUAAAGAAUUGGUAAUAGAAAAAUAUGUAUUAUGUUCUUAAAGCAAUAAACUGUUGAUUGAACCAAUUGCAAUUUAGUUUCAGAGAUAAUUUGGAGAUGGCAAUAGAUCCAAACACUCUGAAGCUGUUGACAUUCCUUUCUUCCUCCAGCCAAGGUCCACCUUGGUCAAAGUCCAAACACAGCCCAAGGUGACUCUGGAGGGAGGAAAUGCUUCUCUAGGGCACUGGUGAUUCACAUCAGGUGUGUCUGCUAAGGCACACUCUCAGGCAAGAACCAGAGAGUGCGAUACGGAAAUCCUGUGAUUUUCACUGGUCUAGUCUGUCUGUACCAGGAACAAACUUUCUGCCUCCUAUAUGCUGCUGGAAACCCAAUAUUGAUUGAGAUUGAAUUCUUUCCAGGAUUAAAAAAAGAGAACAUUUUACUAAACACAAGGGAAUAGAAUAGGAAGCAACAAGUAGAUUUCGGACACCCAAUUCCUUCACUUCCUGCUGUGCUUCUGUCAGGAUGCCAUGGUUACAUAGGGAUAUCAUGUCUGUCCAUCCAUCUGUGCUUCCAUCCAUCCAUCCAUCCACCCAUCCAUCCAUCCACCCAUCCAUCCACCCACCCAUCCAUCCAUCCACCCAUCCACCCAUCCACCCAUCCACCCAUCCACCCAUCCACCCAUCCACCCAUCCAUCCAUCCAUCCAUCCACCCAUCCAUCCAUCCACCCAUCCACCCAUCCACCCAUCCACACAUCCACCCAUCCACACAUCCACCCAUCCACCCAUUCAUCCAUCCAUCCAUCCAUCCAUCCAUCCAUCCAUCCAUCCAUCCAAUCUCCUCACUUAUUAAACUUUCAAGCAGAUUUUUAGCCUUUUUUUUAGCCUUUCAAGCAGAUUCUUUUCUAUAAAUUUAGAUUCCAUCUGAUGGAAAUUGGUGAGAAAAACUUAAAAAUUUUCCAUAGCUCCUGAUUUCAGUUUGUGGAUGGACUAAAGUAAUGUGCCUUUACCUUGUGAGGUAUAGAUGAAGAAAAAAAUAAUUGCAUUAGUUUGAUGAUCAUAGUAGAGAUGAUGCGCCUCUUCCCUAAAUAUAGAAAUAUUAUGUAUUUCUCAUUUUAAAGAAUAUGUUUUUACUCAUAUGGAAAAUUUAAACUGGAAAAUUUUAACUUCUAGUGCUUUUGUAAGAUCCAUUACGAUUGUAAGUCUAAAAGAUUAUUUUCCUCUCCAGAUUUCACAACCAACCAUCUGGGAUCAAAAUAGUUUCAAGUUAUAUAUACUAAAGUGAUAUAGAAAAUAGAUACAUUUUCCCUCCAUAGCUAUUUUGAUUUUUCCGUGAAUAGAAAAUAUGAACAGAGCUUAUGAUGUCACAGUAUUUGAGAGACAUCAUGACACAAGGCCUGGGAAUCUGGGAGGAUGAUUUUAACUGGGACACAACCUGGGUUGUGCUUUCUCUGUACAAGCUUACUUUUCCAAAUCUGACAGUAUGAAACACAUGGACUGCCAGCAACCAUCUUGCCUGCUAGGGAAACAGAGAAGCUGGUCUUCUGAUGUGAAAUACUGGGGUCUGGGGUUGAUGAUUCAAAUAUUUUAUAAAAAUUGAAUAUAAGAAAUUUAAACUAACUCUCAAACUGAUUCUCUUUCUGGCAGUGAUGGGCAUUUCUCCUUAAUGGAGCAUCACUCUUUGUUCCCGCCUUUUCUCCAUUUCACUGCGAUUCUUAGACUCCAGGGUCCCUCUUGACAGCUGCCUUAAUGAGGCACAACACUGACAUUUUGCAUGAGAAAUAAACUGAGCUUUUAAGAACAUUUCAAGAAGGUUACAGGCAUAAUAAUGGCCACAAAAUGUUGAAAUAAAUGAGGACAUCAUCUUCUCCUGUGCAUGUAUUUUAAUACCUGGGACUCAAACAUGUGACUCAAAUCAAAAUCAUCUCUAUAUGUUGUCUAACAAAACAUGGAAUCAAUUAUCUAUUGAGAAUUAAAACUGUAGGCAUAACUCUAAAGGUGACCUUAACAAAAGUUGCAGGUCCGUUCACCUCUCAAAAGUGGCAGUCUCCUCUACGGAAAUUGGGUACCUAUGAUAGGUUAGGACCACAAGUAAGUGAGACUUACUGACAGAUUUGGGAAGCAUAUAUAGAGCAUAUGAAUGAGGUCUUGGUAAAGGGUCAUGCAUUGUUUAUAGAGAGGGCAUUUGGACAUAUAUCCAGUGUAUUGCUUUGAGGUGUCAAUUAUUUGCAAUUUCUUAGUUUUAAUUUUAUAUCAUUGCUGCCUUAGCCAUAUUUCAAUUUUAAAGACAUUUAUGAUCACUGGUUUGCUGGUGGAAUUGGAACAUUGGGAGUUUUGCACUUGACUGGAAGUGACUUUGACAUCACCUUCAGGUGAGGGGUCUGUUACAUGCUUGGCAUCUGUUGAAAUCACUGUUGCAUGCCCAUCAACUUCCUGCUACUGUCACUACAGGGCAGCCUCCUACUCUCUAUGUUCUCCUGGGGUCUUGAGGAGACAUGUUAUUUAGGAUGUUUUUCUUGUAUUUUAUGUUUUAAUGUCAGAAUGCCAGACUCAUGGGAAGAGCAUGACAUGGUUAUGUCUCCAGUUUUAUUCUGAAAGGGUUAAUUCUUGCUAUGGUGUCUAAAGACAUACCACAUCAUACAUAUGGCUUAGAAUCAGUCACAUAUCUCUGUGGGCGUGUAGCUGUGAAGUGACACUGAUAAGUUUUAUGCUGUCUAUCCUAGGGUAGGGCUCAAAACCCAGAAACCUCACAGUUUUCUCUAGAAGGCUGGAGAAAUGGCUUAGCAGCUAAGGUGCUUGCUACCAAACCUGAUGCCCUACACUGGCGUGCACAUACACAAAGCUCCCCGCCCCCAACAGCUGAAUAAAUAAAUGUAAAUACAUUGUUUUCUUUAGAACACCCUGCCUUAUACACAGAGGUUGAAUUUCACUAGUUUAGAGAAGAUCAAUGAGCUUAAAGCUGAGGCUGCAGUUGGGCACAAGAGGCUCACACCUGUAAUCUCACAACUUGAGCGGGACGGAGAAUCAAGAGUUAAAAGUCAUCCUUGGCUACAAAGUGUGUUUGGGGCUAACCUUUGCAACUUGAAACCCUGUCUCAAAAACCCACCAAUCAACCAACCCACCUACCUACCUGCUUAAGCUAAACUUGCCACUGCAGAAAAAUCAGAAGGUAUAUUCAUCACAUUACCAGAAGGUACAUUCAGCAUGUUAGUCAUGUCUUCUAAAGAAUCAAUUCUGCACUCUUAUUGUUGUUGUUAAAGUAGCAAAGCAAAGUGAAAAGGUAAAUGAAUCACUGAGUAGAAAGCGCCUCAUCUGAACUGGUGCCAAUCAGAACAAAACAGAAAGCAUAAUGUAGAUGCUGCAUAUCAGUACUUCGGCUGGUGCCGCCAUGCACUUUCAGACAUUAGGAAGGGCCUCCUCACUGAUGGUCGUUUUAGCAAGGCUUUCACGUGGAGAGAAACCAUGCUAGCAGUGUGAGAGCAAACACAGAGAGGCCACUGUUAUCAUGGUGUUUUAAUAUUGCUUUACUGAGACCAAGAGAUAUACUAUUCUUCCCAAAUAAGAAAGUUACCAGCAUCAUUUAAACUAGGCAUGGUGGCACAUGCCUGUUAUCCCAGUGCUCUAGAGGUAGAGGCAGAGGGAUCAGAAGUUCUAGGUCAUUCUCAGCUACAUAGCGAGUUCCAGGCCAGGCUGAGCUCUAAGCGAUCUGCCUAAAACAAAAAAGGAAGAGAUGCUAAAAUUAGUUUUAGUCACAAUUUAAAAUGAGAGGUAUCUAUUUUGUUGCCUGAAUUGAUGGCAGACUACAGUUUGUGCAGCAUCAUAAAGUAGCAUCUAUACUAUUUUGUGGGCAGGGAGAAAAUCCAGGACUCUUCCUUGUGUCCAGAAACCAGAUACAACAUAGUGUGACUGUAAUACAGUGUCACCCAGGGGUGGAACCAGUUUCUGAAGGUUAGUCUGUUUUUCUGACUGGAGACCCCUGGACUUUCUUGUUACUGAAUGCCACAUUCAUAAACAUCAUAAGGCUUUGCUUUUGAAAAAUACCCUAGUACACAGAUAAGUCUGGCUUUUGCAUUGUGUAUUUUACCCCAUCAAAUAUGAAAGACAGGUAGGGAAUGAAAGAAUGUCCAUGUAUGUUGAGGAGGAAAUAAAUUAUUGUUUUUGAAGAGUCAUAAUGCUGGUAGAAGAUCUGGAAUUAGGAAAGAAUUAAAAAUAAUAACAAAAAAGCACUUAUAAAAACCAGCGGGGACUAGUGGGCUCUGGUCAUCUAAGCCAAUGGCUGCCUGGCUAUGCUCUGUGAUUGGGACCAAAUGAAUUCUGUGCAGGUUUAUCAGCUUGAAGUGCAUUGUUCAAUGGACUGGUUCAGUUUUUGUCAAAAACUGGGAGUGGCCGUGACCAGCUUAGAAGACUGGGGGAGGCCCUGUUGCGUUUGGGCUUUCCUUGCAUCGGAAAUUGCUAACACGCACAUAGUAAUGGGCGGCUUUUAAUGCUCUAUGCAGAGAUAAAGUUAAGCUCAUCAUUUCUGUAGCUUUUAUUAUAUUUCAAAUGUCUUUAUGUCAGGAAAAGUACGUGUUUUGAUCGAAUUAUGAGAUGUACCUUUCUUUUCUGUAUCAGAGCACAUUCUAAAAUGCUUGUGUACCCUGCCUGUCCUCUGAGUAGAUGGGUGUUUUAUGUCGUUAACAUGCAUGUUUAGCAUUCCCAUAUGAUAUUAUGUUGUUAAUAUUUCAUGUGUGGAUCACUUUUGUAGUAUUUUCCAGGAACACAAUAUGUACACAAACUUAUGUAGGCAUUCAGCUCAUUAGAGGAUACUUCUGUUUGUAUAUAGCAUAGACAUUAAGCUGCAUCAUGUUAUUUUUUUAAACUUCAUAUGCAUGUUUAUUUGAUAAAAAUUCAGAUCUAUUAAAAUCGUUAUUUCUUUA